AUGCACAUCGCGUCUUCAACUGUGUUCUCAGCUUUGCUCCUGGCUUCAAAUGUAUUAGCUCAAAGAUUCACUACCACGUAUACUUGGGCUCAAGGUGACACUGUCGUUAUUUCAACUGGUACAGAUGCGUUAGGAGACGCUACGACUCGAGUUAUAAGUACUAUCACUGGAGCCGCUGGAAUCACCACCGCUUUGACUGCUACGACCGCUUUAACUACUACUGCCGCGGAUGACGAUGACGAUACACCUACUACCACUAAAACGUCGACUACCAAGACAGCGACCACUACACAACGAGUAGUAGGUAACACACCAACAACCACGGGUAAACCAAUGCGGACCACUACUUACUGGCUUGACCCUGGAGAUGGUGUGUACACCGAUUACACUUGGACAGCGCCUACCACUGCUUUACCUACUGUAGCUACAGCCAACGUAGCGGAAGGUACAAUUCAAGAUUAUCAAGCUUACCAAUCCGCCAUCAACUCUGUCGUACUUCAAUCAGCUGAAGCGGCAGUGGCUAACGCAUCUACAGGUGGCGCCUCAAGACGACAAGCAAUGGGUGUCGAAGGUGCCGUAGGAGGCUGGAUGACCAUGGUUUUAGGUGUCAUCGGAGCAGGUGUCGGUUUAUUGAUACUUUAA